CGCGACAAGAAGAUUAUCGGUACACGCGCGCAGAGGGGAGAGGCAGCUCGAGAGAGGUGGAGAGACUUGAUACUAGUUUCAUGUCACUCUCAUAGGAAGAACAGCGCACUGGUCUCUGCCUGUGUCAACUGUCCUGAGCCGCACAGGCAGACACUCCUUCCGCUGCCAGUAAACCUUGUUACAGUUGUUGGACCGAUACUUUUUCACAUUCAGGAAGAACAAACGGAGAGUGAGAGUCAUGGACAAACGAGGAGAAUUCAACAGAAGUUAGCGCCGACAGUAAAGUAACGUUUGGAAAAAAUAAAAAAUAAACGCUUCAAAAAAGAAAAAGAAGAGGGAGUGUCCGGAGAAGAACGAGAAACAGGAUGGGGAUGGAUUUCAGUACUCUUCGAACCCUCAUCAGCAGAUAUUGCGUCGGCGAGGAGAACUGGGUGGACAGCAGGACGAUUUACAUUGGACAAAAGGAGCCUCCUCCAGGAACCGAGGCCUUCAUACAACAACGGUUCCCUGACAACAGAAUAGUCUCGUCCAAGUACACAUUCUGGAACUUCAUCCCCAAGAAUAUGUUUGAGCAGUUCAGGAGAGUCGCCAACUUCUACUUUCUCAUCAUAUUUCUGGUUCAGUUGAUCAUCGACACUCCCACCAGUCCGAUCACGAGCGGACUGCCGCUCUUCUUCGUCAUCACAGUCACCGCCAUCAAACAGGGCUAUGAGGACUGGCUGAGACACAAAGCAGACAACUCUGUCAACCAGUGUCCUGUCCACGUGGUGCAGCAUGGGAAAGUGGUCCGAAAGCAAAGUCGCAAACUCAGGGUUGGAGACGUCGUCUUGGUGAAAGAGGAUGAGACUUUCCCCUGCGAUCUCAUCCUCCUGUCCUCAUCCCGAGAUGAUGGGACCUGCUUUGUUACUACAGCCAGCCUGGACGGAGAGAGCAGCCACAAGACAUACUAUGCAGUUCAGGACACCAAAGCCUACAGGACAGAGGGGGAGGUUGACUCCAUCCACGCUACUAUAGAAUGUGAACAACCACAGCCGGACCUGUACAAAUUUGUGGGCCGCAUCAACAUCUACAUGGAUAGCGAGCCAGUGGCCAGGCCGUUAGGAUCGGAGAACCUGCUGCUGCGAGGAGCCACGCUCAAGAACACAGAGUACAUCUAUGCGGUUGCCAUCUACACUGGCAUGGAAACCAAGAUGGCCCUCAACUACCAGUCCAAGUGUCAAAAACGGUCUGCAGUGGAAAAGUCAAUGAAUGCUUACCUGGUGGUCUACUUGUGCAUUCUCAUCAGCAAAGCCAUCAUCAACACGGCGCUGAAAUAUGUGUGGCAGGCCGACCCCAACAGAGACGAGCCCUGGUACAACCAGAGGACUGAAACGGAGAGACAGAGACACAUCGUGAUCAGGGCGUUCACGGACUUCUUGGCCUUCAUGGUUCUUUUCAACUACAUCAUCCCCGUGUCCAUGUACGUCACCGUGGAGAUGCAGAAGUUCCUGGGCUCCUAUUUCAUCAUGUGGGACGACGAGAUGUUUGACGAGGAGCUGGGAGAGAGAGCCGUGGUCAACACGUCAGACCUGAACGAGGAGCUGGGACAGGUGGAAUAUGUGUUUACAGACAAGACAGGGACUCUGACAGAGAACAACAUGGAGUUCAUAGAGUGCUGUGUGGACGGGCAUGUUUACGUACCUCAUGCUAUCUGCAACGGACAAGUGAUGCCUGGUUCAGCCGGUAUGGACAUGAUUGACACAUCACCAGGUCCAGAAGCCAGGGAGCACCAGGAGCUGUUUUUCCGGGCGUUGUGUUUGUGCCACACGGUGCAGGUGAAGGAGGAGGAGACUGUGGACGGGAUCAAGCAUGGCAUCCACCAGGGAAAGUCCAGCUCGUUCUACAUCUCCUCAUCUCCAGACGAGGUGGCGCUGGUGGAGGGCAUGAAGAGGCUCGGUUUCACCUAUCUGAGACUCAAGGACAGUCACAUGGAGAUCUUGAACAGGGAGGAUGAGAUUGAGAGGUUCGAGCUGCUGGAGGUUUUGACGUUCGACUCAGUCAGACGAAGGAUGAGCGUCAUUGUCAGGUCCAACACUGGUGAGCUCUAUCUGUUCUGUAAAGGUGCAGACUCCUCCAUUUUCCCCAGGGUCAUAUCAGGCAAGGUGGAUCAAGUCAGAGCUCGGGUGGAGCACAACGCAGUGGAGGGUCUGAGGACCCUUUGUGUUGCCUAUCGACCUCUGAGUCCCGAACAGUACCAGGAGGUUUGCCACCUGCUGAGCGGGGCCAAGUUGGCUCUGCAGGACCGAGACAAACGACUGGCCGAGGCCUACGACCUCAUCGAGAAGGACCUGAUACUACUGGGAGCCACUGCUGUGGAGGACAGGCUCCAGGAAAAAGCGGCAGACACCAUCGAGUCUCUCCACAAGGCAGGCAUGAAGGUGUGGGUGCUGACCGGCGACAAGAUGGAGACGGCGGCCGCAACGUGCUACGCCAGCAAGCUGUUUCACCGCAACACCCAGAUCCUGGAGCUGACCACGAAACGCACUGAGGAGCAGAGCCUCCACGAUGUUCUGUUCGACCUGAGCAGGACCGUCCUGAGACAGCAAGGAAGCAUGACCAGGGACACCUUCUCUGGUUUGUCAGGUGACUGUACUGACUACGGUUUGAUCAUCGAUGGAGCCACCCUCUCCGCAGUGAUGAGGCCUCCCGAGCAGGACUCAAACUCAGGGAACUACAAGGAGAUCUUCCUAGAAAUCUGCCGGAACUGCAGCGCCGUGCUCUGCUGUCGAAUGGCGCCUCUACAGAAAGCACAGAUAGUGAAGCUGAUUAAAACCUCCAAGGAGCACCCGAUCACGCUGGCUAUUGGGGACGGAGCUAAUGAUGUCAGCAUGAUCCUAGAGGCCCACGUAGGCAUCGGCAUCAUGGGUAAGGAGGGUCGUCAGGCAGUGAGGAACAGCGAUUACGCAAUCCCAAAGUUCAAACACCUCAAGAAGAUGCUGCUUGUCCAUGGACACUAUUACUACAUUCGCAUUUCUGAACUUGUGCAGUACUUCUUCUACAAGAAUGUCUGUUUCAUCUUCCCCCAAUUCCUCUAUCAGUUCUUCUGUGGCUUCUCACAACAGCCGCUGUAUGAUACAGCCUACCUGACCCUGUACAACAUCAGCUUCACCUCGCUGCCCAUUCUGCUCUACAGUCUCAUAGAGCAGCACAUCAACAUGGACAUCCUGAAGAAGGACCCGUCUCUCUAUAAAGACAUUGCUAAAAACUCUCUGCUGCAGUGGUCCAUCUUCAUAUAUUGGACUGUCCUUGGUGUGUAUGAUGCCAUUGUGAUGUUCUUUGGUGCUUACUUCCUGUUUGACAACACCACCUUCACCAGCAAUGGACAGAUGUUUGGAAACUGGACGUUCGGGACGCUGGUGUUCACUGUGCUGGUCUUCACUGUUACGUUCAAGUUGGCUCUAGAUACUCAUUACUGGACUUGGAUCAACCAUUUUGUCAUCUGGGGCUCGCUGAUUUUCUUUGUGGUCUUCUCUCUGCUGUGGGGCGGAAUCAUCUGGCCCUUCCUGAACUACCAGAGGAUGUACUAUGUGUUCAUGCAGAUGUUGUCCAGUGGUCCGGCCUGGCUCAGCAUCAUCCUUCUUAUAACAGCCAGUCUGCUGCCAGACGUGGUGAAGAAGGUCAUCUGGAGGGCGCUGUGGCCCACCACUACUGAACGUAUACAGAAUGCUGACAAACUCUACAAGGGCCAGCUGUCCGAGUUCACCCCCCUGGCGUCCCUCCACGCCCCGUCCAAGUCCGCCAGCCGGCGGCGAGGCUCUGGCAACCAGAGGCACGCUCCGAACCCUCACAGGUCUGAACCCUUUAACAAGAAAAUCAUGUUCACACGCUGGAAGAGAGCGCCAGACUACUGCACCUUCACCCCCAUCAUCCAAUUCGCCGACGGCUCCCGCUACUCAAAGCAGGGACAUGCCAACAGUGGGGCGGGGCCAGAGACCUCUGUCUAAUUUAUUUCUUGUCUUGUGGUUUUCUAUUCUUAUAUUAUGAUAUCAAAUACAGUGGCAUCCAUGUGGAAGUGAACGAAAUCGAAUGUUAAACGCAACGGAAACUGAUUUAUUUACUAACCUGGGAACUGUGCUAUCUGUAAUCCAACUGUGUAAGGGGUUGCAUUUGAAAGUGACCUGCAAAACUGUUCCCAAGUCAGCAGCCAAGUAUGGCACAAAGCUCUAUGGGAAGCUGUGGAAAGGACUCCACCCCACAGGGCCUCACUACCCACCACAGUGCACCAAGGGCUCAGUGUAUUGAUGUCACGACAAACGUGCUCAAGAGCUUUGGUUUCCUCAGCCAUAUUGUGUCACACUGAAAAUACAUGCACUGGCCCUUUAUGUCCGCUGGCUCUUGACAGCCGGCAGCUGAAUUGUACUUCAGUAUUUAGGAUUUAUGACUUUUUAAAAAACGGUUCCGGAGCUAAUCAUGCUGAGAUUGGAACCGUGCUGCUGAUGAUGCUGAUGAAGAUGAUGACGACGGUUAACAGUGCUUAAAACUGAUUCAAGCUUUCUCGUCCUGCCACGUCUCUCACUUUCUUUCCUCUCUGUCCGUCUGCUCUGCCUCUUUUUUCCCUGUUUUUUUUUUCUUAGGACUAACUGGUGUUUCUCGUGCUCAAACGUAUUAUCUCGAAACACUCCCUAGGACUCCGGGCUCAGGUUCUAUAGCACCGUAAGGAAGGCUGUAGUGGAGCAGUGAAGCUCAAGUGUUGGGAACAAGUGGAGCUAAGAUGGUCUCAGUAUUAUGUAUUUCAUGUCUUAAAGAAAAAUGACUUAAGACAGACUUAAGCUCCACAACCAGCGCUUGAGCUUUCAAACUUGCAUGUAGGUAGUCUAGAGUGUCAUAGAUGUGUGUGCUCAUAGUAGCUAGCUUGUGUGUUGUACUCGUGUGUGCAGGAUCUCCUUCUGUCUCAUUGUCCUAAAAGCACUUUAACUGUUUAUCUUGCAUUGAUCUGUAAUGCUGUAUACAGAGAUGAAUCUAUGUUUCUUGAGGCUUAUUGUGUUAGCGAUAGAAUCCUGUAGAAAUGGCCAUGUGACAACUGUCCAGCUGCCUUAAUGUCGCCUUGUAAAUACCACAUGACCGUCCGCAAUGACCAUUUACCAAAGAAACAGAAAGACAAUAUGGCGUCCUUUGGACAGCAACUGUGGUGCUAGGUAAAGAGUGUGAUCAGUGAUAUUGAGUGGGCAUCUGUAGGGGAAUUAAAUAUGGCGGUUAUAGAAAUGCUCCUGACUUUUAAGGUUACUUGAGUUCACUCUCCUCAAAGCACCUUAAAAAUGAACGUACAAAACGUGUCCUCAGUGAGAUUAUCAUAACACAAUGCAAGAAGUUUUUCCAAGUGCCCCAAAUUACUUGAUGCCUUAAAUGAACAGUUUUUGUUUUGUUUUUUUUUAAAAUGAGAUUUAGCCAUUUAUCGAUCAGAGCAUAGACUCUCACCAAGAAAGGAAUCACGACUGCAGCUGAGACGCUGACGGGAGGCGUUCAUUUACAGGAAAGGAGUAAAGGCAGCAUCGUGGGGCAUUCGCAUGGCUCUGACUGACCAAUUACUCAAAUUAAGGAGGAGAAUCUCUGCUUAAAAAACAACAACAUGUGGUCUGCAUGGUUACAUUAAGAUAUGUCAUUGAACCCAAGUUUAUCCAUUAGCAAAAGUUCUGAAGACUCAUUAUAUUUCUGUCCUUUACCAAAGGACUGAUUAUUUACAUCAGAUAGUUCGAAAUUUGGGUAUCGGAUAAUCCCAUUCAUGUCACAGAUUUUCUGCCUCCAGAUGUGGUCAUUGGUUUGUUAGAGGGUCGGCAAUGCUCUUAAAAGCCUCAUGAUGGCGUUACGUGAGUCUAAUGAGUUUCAUACACUUCCCCUCUGUGUCUUUGUUUCUAGCCUUCUCCCUCUCUCUUCCCGUCUUUUUCUCAUUCUCCCUCUGGUGAAGUCAUACUCAUGUGGACGUUUUCCUACCUCUGCGAGAGCCACCUCCAACAUGUCUGAUGAUCAUCUUCCUGUGUCCUCUGCUGCGUCUUCUCCUCCAUUCAUCCAUCCAUCCGUCCGUCCGUCUGUCAUUGUGAGACAGAGAAGAAAAGAUUCAGUUCAGUUCAAUUUUAUUUAUAUAGCACCUUAUACAAUCAAAAUUGUCUCUAGGUGCUUUACAGAAACCCAGAGCCUGAACCCCCAAGCAAGCAGACAGUGGCAAGGAAAAAUUCCCUUUUAACAGGAAGAAACCUUCAGCAGGACCCGGCAUGAUGACGUUUCGUAUGUUUCAUAGACCUUCGUUGAACCAAAGCCUUGUCGCUGCUGGAGAUACUCGUAGCUGCUUUACAUUAGGUGCCUUGUGGUAGUUCCUCUGUCUCUGCUCGGCUGCGUUUCCUUGCUCUGUGCUAACUUUGCGACUAAUAUCAGGCAUUUGGACCGCAGAUGAUGGAUGUGUGGAUGCGUGACCGAAGAGCGACUGCGCGAAUGGAUAAGUGAGUGAAAAAGGUGAAUGCGAAAAUGAGGGAACAGUUUUUGUUGUUUUUUUUCUUCUCGCAGGUUAUACUGUCCAGGAAGUCUUAUUCGGAACAAACACAAUCGAUGAACAAAUGAUUGACUUCUUAUGCACCAAAACAUUCAAUGGCUUAUGUUUAAUACUUGUUUUUUUUAUUGUUUUUAUUCUGAAUGUUUUGUAUAUGUCCGGGAGAGCAUCCAUCUCUGAAAUGUAAAUUUUGUCGUUUUCUAUUUUGUAUAAAGUGUAAAAUUCACCCUUUACCACAUUAAGAGUGAAGGUCUCACUCAGUGGUCAGAGCACACUGGAAAGAUAUCUUAUGUGAUGUUGUCUUUAUUUUAGUGGUGUAGAAAACUUGAUCAACUCGAUGGGUUUGGAAACUGGAAGUUUUCUUUAAAAUUUUUUUGAUUGUAUUUCCUUUAUUUAAACAUGUCUAAUUCUUCAACAGUGAAAGGAGUUCUUAAGACUGGUGGAUGUUGUGGAUUUUGAACUUCAUUCUCUGGAUUUACAUGUUAAAGGGUCACUUCACCCAAAUUGCAAAAGAUAAGGUGGCAAAUCCAACCAAACCUUUCUGCAUGGCUGGAUGCCCCUCAGCAAGACGGUGAGAAAAUACAGUGUGUUCUUUUGUAAUGUGGGUGAACUGACCCUUUAAUGUUCUCAGUGACCUCUUCCUGACUGAAUUCAAUUUUUCUUUUUUUUUAAGGGGGAUGUUUUUAAACCAAACUUUGUGCCAGUGUUCAGUCGCUCGAAAUCUGACCACAUCUCACCUGAAUCCAUAAGUAAUAAGGUCUUCUGUCAAAAACGCUCUCAGACCAAAAAAAAAAACAUCAUCAUAAUGUCCAGCAUUAUGGGGGCAGUGAAACUUUUUGUUGUCUCCUAAUGAGCCAGUAUACAAUAUGAACACAGGGCCAGUUUGCUCAGAAAUAUUGCCUUGCAUGGAAAUAACCCAUUGCAACAAAUGUGGCCUCAGAACACUUGCCAUGUGGUAUUGAAUAAGUAUUACAAUCAUCCUGGUUUUACAGAUGUCAUGUGCACACCCAUCAAAUCCUUUGAGAGGGGAUACGACAGAAUAAGCUCCAAAGUACUGGGCUAUAUAAAAGAAGUCUGGGUGGCAGAUUGGCAAAAUUUUAAGUGAUUCUCUGUGAUUGAUGUUACUGAACCAAACCUGACUGAAUUUUGGCACUUAAAAGCAUCUGGAAGCCUGUUUCUUUUAAAGAAUUCUCACCAUAACCUCCUUCUCUAUGUGAGGUGAUUGGAGCCAGAGACAGUCAGGUACCUGCUGCAUCUCUGUCUGCUGGAGGGCCCCCUUAGAAAACUGUGGAAUCCACAGAAAUUAACCAGUGCAUCACAAAGAAAAUCCACAGUUACUGUAGUGCUUUUAAAAAAAAACGUAUGUUAGAGAUCUUGUAACUUUUUUUUUUUAAUUUUGUGUCUUAUUUAUGUAGAAACAACCGAACUGAGUCGUGACAAAAA